AGUGCAGCACUGUCCAAUACUUUUCGCUUAAAAUUCAAAACUCGACCCCGCAAACUCUUAAUUUGCCGCAUUAAAUAUAUAGACAAGGUCGCAAAGAUAAUUUCUAUAUUAUUAAAAUCGUGUUAAACUGCACCAGUUGUAUUGUGAACUCGGCAAAAUAACUAUCGUUUCAAUAGGCUCUUUACACAUGCGCAUCGGGCAUUGUGUACACACGGAAGAUGAUGGCAGAUUUCCGUACUGUUAAAGGGACCAGCAGCCAUACGUGGAUACAGCGAGGCUGCGGGAGACAGUGGUAGCUAAGAGUCGCCAGCAACGUUGCAUUUUCUUCGGAGAGUACGCCGUUUCUGCAUAACAGAACAAAGGCAACAGCGAGUUAGCAAAACAUUUUAACGUCAGCAUAAACCCGUCAGGUACGAAAGUCUCGCCUUUUAUAAAGUUGAAUCUGUGAGGCUGAUUGACCAACACAAUCGGAACUGAAGGGGAUUCAUUCCCGCAGAAUUUACCGAGCUAACCUUAGCCUCAAGCUAGCAACACCGUCUUGGAGAAAAGCACAGCAGCAGGUCUACGAAUCAGCCGCAACCGUGGAGUCCGCAGUGCCUCCACUCCAGUGUGAAUGAGGGCGUCAUGGCGGACCACAGCCCCUCUCUGGACUCCGGCCAGCUGCACAGCCCUGACCUCCCGCUCCUUGCCCCGCCCCUCCCGCCCACCAUGGCCAACGGUGACGGCCCACAACAGGUAAUCUUGGUGCAGGUAAAUCCAGGUGAGGCCUUCACAAUUCGACGAGAGGAUGGUCAGUUCCAGUGUAUCACAGGUCCUGCUCAGGUCCCCAUGAUGUCCCCAAAUGGUUCAGUGCCUCCAAUCUUUGUGCCUCCAGGAUACGUUUCACAGAUCAUCGAGGAGAAUGGGGUUCGGCGGGUCCUGGUAUUACCUCAGCCGGAGUACCACCCCGGCGGUCACUCCCCGCUGCACGCCCCGCCCCCCCACGCCCACCUCCCGGCCUUCAUCCCGCACCCGGCCAUGAUCCCGCCCCCGCCCCACCCCAUGUACACGGGCGUGGCCGGCGGGGUGCCGGACCUGAGCUCCCAGUACAUCCCCCAGUACCACGCUGCCCAGAUCUACUCAGAGCAAGUUCCCGCCGACUCCCACGGCCCGCACGGCCGGCCGCCGCUGCUGCACCGGGACGAGAGGGCCAACAAGGCGUACGAGAGGCUGCAGCGCAAGCUGAAGGAGCGACAGACGGGAGGAGGAGGAGGAGGAGGAGGCGCCAAGGACAGGCCCAGCAGCCCCCCUCCCUCCCCGCAGAAGAACCACUGCUCCACCCCCUCCCCGGACGUGCCCAACGGGGUGGAGACCCAGGCCGAGCACGAGCAGUGCCAGGCCGUCGCCACGGCGACCGCCAGGGGCAAGCAGGCGGGCAAGACCAAGUCCGGCCCGUGCAUCGAGACCGAGGCGGAAGAGCUGGAUGAAGAGGCAGAGACGCUCAGGUCUGUGCUGUCCGCUGUCGGAAAGCCUGAGGUGGUGGAGGUCCAGGCCCGGACGGUGCAGCUGAAAUGGGCCGCCCCGGUGGCGCCGGGGAACGAGGAGAGCUCCCCAGAGGCCCAAAAAAGCUCAGGACCCUUCAACUACGAGGUCACCCUGUCCAGCAGCGGCAAGGACGGCAAGUACAAGGCCAUGUACAGUGGCCCAGAAUUAAGUGCAACAGUGGAAGACCUAAGACCAGCAACAGACUACCAUGCAAGGGUCCAGGCCCUGUAUAACAGUUUACAGGGCAGUGUCUCUGAGCCCGUCAGCUUCACAACGCUCAGCUGUGAGCCGGACACCCCCAGCCCGCCCAGAAAGAGCAGCGGGACCAAGAGCGCCCUCACUCUGCAGUGGAAGGCUCCCUGUGACAACGGUUCCAAAAUCCAGAACUACGUCCUGCAGUGGGAUGAGGGUAAAGGAACAGGAGAGUUUGAGCAGUGUUACUACGGACCCCAGAAGCAGUAUCGGGUGACCAAGCUUUCGCCAGCCUCCAGAUACUCCUUCCGCCUGGCAGCCAAAAACCACAUGGGCACCAGUGGCUACAGCGAGGCGGUUGACCUCUUCACCUCGGGCAGCGUGCCGGCGGUUCCUGCCAGCCCUGAGCUGGUGCAGGCUGGCGUGACCUGGCUCUGCUUACGGUGGCAGCGCCCGAACAGCUCCCCCGCCGAGGACGACAUCUUCUACAUCCUGGACAUGGAGGAGGAGGGCUCGGGCUACGGGUUCCAGCCCAGGUACGACGGCGACGAGCUCUCCUGCACAGUCAAGAACCUCCACCGGAGCACCAAGUACAAGUUCAGGGUGUUGGCGUAUAACGCGGAGGGGAAAAGCAACCCCAGCCCGGUGUCAGAGUUCAGCACCUCCCCCGACUCUCCCAGAAACCCCUGUAGGCUCGCCGUCAGGGGCAAGGUGAACCCCAACAGCUUCAAGAUGUCCUGGGAGCCCCCUAGUGAUGAUGGAGGAGCAGAAAUCACAGAGUACGUUGUCGAGAUAUCAGAAGGAUCGAACGGUGCCUUGUGGGAGGUGGUGUACAGAGGUUCUGCCCUGGAGUGUGUUUGCGAUGGACUGAAGCCUGGCUCCUCCUACCAGACCAGAGUCUACUGCAUCAGUCAGGGGGGCCAGAGCCCAUUGUCAGACACCCUGCAGGUGCACACCCCCGCCGUGCCCCCCGGGCCCUGCCUGCCCCCCAGGGUGGUGGGCCGGCCCAAAGCCAGGGAGCUGCAGCUACGCUGGGGGCCCCCCCUGGUGGACGGAGGCUGCGCGGUGUCCUGCUACACCCUGGAGGUGACGGAGGCGCAGGGGGAGGAGCACAGGGAGGUGUACCAGGGCGCGGAGCUGGACUGCACCGUCAGCAGUCUGCUCCCGGGGAAGAGCUACAGCUUCCGCCUGCGUGCGGCCAACAAAGCCGGGUACGGGCCCUUCUCGGAGCGCAGUGAGGUCACCACCGGCCCCGGGGCCCCUGAGCCGUGCAGGGCCCCCCAUGUGGCCUGCAAGUCCCCCACCUGCGUGGUGGUGAGCUGGGAGAGCCCGCUCAGUAACGGCGCGCAGGUGACGGAGUUCCGGCUGGAGUGGGGCGCGGCCGAGGGCAGCAUGCAGGUGUGCUACGCGGGGGCGGGGCUGAGCCACGAGAUGAAGGGCCUGAACCCGGCGACCAUCUACUUCUGCAGGGUGCAGGCGGUGAACGUGGCGGGGGCGGGGCCUUUCAGUGAGGUCACGCUGUGCCAGACUCCCUGCUCUGUGCCUGCGGCCGUCAGCAGCGUCCAGGCCCUGAAGGAGGUGGAGUGGAGCGACCUGCAGGAGGAAGAGGAGGACGAGGAGGAGGAGGAGGAGGAAGGCGAGGGACUGGGCCCCCUGUGCCCCUCGUCCUGCCUGGGCCUGCGCUGGGACCCCCCCUGCGACAACGGGGCGGAGAUCACCGCCUACCUGAUAGACCUGGGGGAGCGGCAGCCCAUCUCUGUGGGACCCGUCACCCGCCACGUCAUCCGCCAUCUGCAGCCUGACACCAGCUACAGGAUACGAAUCCAGGCGCUGAACAGCCUGGGGGCGGGGCCGUUUAGCCACACCCUCAAGCUGAAGACGAAGCCCCUCCCCCCGCAGCCGCCCCGCCUGGAGUGCACCGUCUUCAGCCACCAGACCCUGCGGCUGAAGUGGGGGGAGGGGCCGGCGAAGGCCACGCCCUCCGACUCGCUCCAGUACCACCUCCAGAUGGAGGACAAGCUCGGGAGGUUUAUAUCCUUAUACAGAGGACCAUGCCACACUCACAAAGUCCAGAGGCUUUCAGAGUCUACCUCUUACACCUUCCGCAUCCAGGCCUUUAACGAAGCGGGGGAGGGGCCCUUCUCCCCCCUUUACACUUUCACCACCCCCCUCUCCCCCCCCGCGCCGCUCAAAGCUCCCAGAAUCGAGCGGCUGGAUGACCACGCCUGUGAGGUGAGCUGGGAGCCCAUGCCGCCGAUGAAGGGAGACCCCAUCAUCUACAUUCUGCAGUGCAUGAUGGGAAACUCUGACUUCAAACAGGUGUAUAAGGGCCCAGCCACGUCCCACCAGGUGCCGGGUCUGCAGCCCAACUGCGACCACCGCUUCAGAGUGUGCGCCAUCCGCCAGUGCCAAACGCCCCCCGACCUGACGGGCCCCUACAGCGCCACCGUCACCCUCUCGCCCCAGCGCGUGGAGGCGGCGGGGCCCGGGGGCGGAGCCACGGCCGGGGCGGGGCCCCGGGGGGGCGGGGCCGAGGCGGGCUGGGCCCGGCGCAGCCUGACGGACGAGCAGUGCGCCGCCCUCAUCCUGCUCCUCUUCGCCGUCAUCUCCAUCCUCAUCGCCUUCGUCAUCCAGUACUUCGUCAUCCAGUGAGCCCCCGCCCGGCCGCCCGCCCGUCAGUCACGCGCGCGGAGCGUCCCGCUAACGGGCUGGAGGGAGUUAGCAGAGGUACCCGGCGCUGGCGGCACUGGGGCGUGAACGCCGCUCGACCACACCUUCAAAACACAGGGCCCUGCUCGAAAAACCACCCCUUUCCAGCGCUUUCUCCCUUUCUCCUUUUUUUCUGCCCUCUGUCUCGCCCUCCUCUCGUUCUUCCUUUCUUUUUUAUUCCUCACUCCACAUAUUCCUCCUCUGUUCUCUUCUUGCACAUGGCCUUGUGUUUCUUACCCACGCGGGAUUGGCUUGGAAUGUGGCAGAGAUUGUGCUACAUUCUAUUACAUCACUUCCUCUGUGUGUGGGGGGACUCCUAUGCUCCCCACUGGUGGCUGGUAGUUCUCUAAAAAAUGAAUUUCCUUUCUUUGUAAAAGAAAGACUAAAAAUGAAACACAAAUUCAGGUUAUCUCUAUAUAUACAUGUAGAUUUAUACGUAAUACUACAGAUGGUUUUGUCGACCAUAUAAAUGUAUGAACUUAGCCUUCCUUUUAUUUAGGUUUUAAUUUUAUUUGUUAAAGUUUGUUAAGGAACAGUUCUAAGUUUGAUUUCCUGUCCCAAAAAAAGAACAAAAAAAGUAAUAUUUUGGUUUCUGUGGUCUUUUUUUUUUCUUUUUUUGUGAGAUAUUUAACAUACUACAUUGAGACCCAGAGCCCAAUGUUGCCAGCUUUGGUUUCCUGGGAAACUGUUGCACCCCGGUGUGCAGGUGCACAGGUAAGCUGGCCAGGUGUGUACCUGCACAGGUAAGGUGGCCAGGUUUCUACCUGCACAGGUAAGCUGACCAGGUGUGUACCUGCACAGGUAAGCUGGCCAGGUGUGCCAGUGACUGUGUAGCCUGGAUCUUCUCAAUUAACACUCAAUUAAAGGGAGAGAAUUUCUCUCUAUAUCUGAAAAUGUUAAAUAGAAAAAUCAGCAAAACUUCUCCUUAGUAUUAUAGAACACAUGUUUAGCACUUUCCAACCUUUUACGAGUUCAUAAUGUGAGAGGAUGCAAAAAUGACUGAAGGAAAACAUUUUAGUAUAUUUUUGUAUAGUAUAGACACAUGGACCGUUUCAAUCAAGGUAUUUUGCGGAGUUACUCUAGGGGAUAGAAAAUAAAUUAAACUAAAUUAUAAACAAUGAAAAUAGUUAUAGCUUAUUUUAAAAUUCAUCAUGUAGCUUCUUUGCUUUGAAAUAUCGUGUUCAGCACAAAGAUGAAAUGUACGCUUACAGUCGUCUCCCUGUGAGUCACUAAGUUUGCACCUUAAAGAGAAAAAUGAGUGAAUGCAUGUUGUUCAUGUGAAACGUUUGAUUGAACAUUUUGUCAGGUCAUGCAAUCUCUAAGUGUGUGUUGUGCGUUUUUUAAGAUUGUAGCGCCACCAAAUCUCAUCUGUUGGAAAAAGAUAAUACUUUUCAAAAAAAAUAAAUAAAUAAACAGAUCGUUUCAAAAACCUUCAUGAUUCAAAACAAGUGAUUAGUAGUUUUUCUAUGUGUUUUGUUUUGCGUUUGUUUUUAGUUUUUAGAAAGCACUCGAUUUUGUGGUGUUCUUUUUCUUUUAGCGAUAAUCGUUUUGUGCUUCGUUUUGUGUAUUCAUUUAAUUGACACUUUUCCAUAAUGAAAGUAUUUUACUUUUAGAAAUCCAUAUUCUUUUUCUGUUUUAAUUUAGUUUUGUUUCGGGGGGUUAUGUGUAAAAUCUAUAUUUUUUUACGGUAAGGAAAUAUAAUUUAAGUUGAUUCUAUCCAGAAUAAAUACAACAUGAAAUAAAAACUUGUGAAUUGUGAAAAGCAAACAGCGGUUACCAUUUUCUGAAAUGUGUUUACUAUACAUGUACUUCCUGUAAAUUCAGAUAUUGCCUCCUUUUUUUCAAUGUGAAGUCUUUGUCAUGGAUUGCAAACAGCCAGUGAUCAGUUUAGCAUUCUGGCGGGUAUGGUUUAGUGUUGUGUUUGGCUGCGGACAGAUUUGUUUAUUGCUAUUGCAACCGUAAAAAAAAAAAAAGAUUAAAAAAAAAAGAAAACAUACACCGGUACCUUGUACUGUAAGAUGUGUUGGGAAAGGAUUAAAAUGUUUUUGGUCUAUCCAAUCUUCUGCAAAUGGCUUCUCUUUGUCAUAGUAAACUCAAAUUCCUAUUUUUGAUAGCGAUUUAAAUGUAAUUUCAACUUGUGCCAUUUGAGUCUCCUGCUAUGACAGCUCACUGCUGUCUGUCGGGUGGAUAAAGAGCUGGAAAAAAAAUAAAAUAAAAUACAAAAAAACAGACCAUAUUUAUGUAAUUUUAAUGUUUGCAGUUACCUCAUACACUUUACAUUCCAAAAAAAAAAAGAAAAAAUCAAAACUGUAAGAGAUGUAAGACUUCGUAAUGAAAAAAUGUAUAAUCUCGUAAAGAUGUAUCUAAAGUGUAACUCUAUAGCCAUGAUAUCUACCGAAGGAUCCAUGCACAAUAAAAGAUCUAUAAUUCUUA